AUGUCGUUCCAAUUACCAUCCAUUUUUGCACUCAGCUCACCGUGGUUUGACAACUACUACUUGAACUACAGCAGUGAUUCUGAUUCCGAGACGCUUGGUUUUCUCAAGUUCAAUGGAAAGGAUGCCUUGAGCACGUUAGCAAAGUUUGAAGUCGUGAAGGCCAGUACUGGAACGGGACAAGUACAUAUACGAUGCUCCCACAACAGAAAGUUCCUACGAACAAGAACUGAGGGUCAUCCAAACCUCUCUCCGGAAGCCGAUGAACCCGAGGAGGACCAAUCCAAAUGGUCGUGUACACUGUUUGAGCCACGAGUACUACCUGAAGAUGGCAACUCCGACAUAGUCCGUUUGUUCCAUGUCGGAAGAAAACAAUAUGCAGAGGCAUGGAACGAAGGUGAAGGGGAAAACAAAAAGUUCUUGAGACUUUUUGACUCUCCAAGUCAACAGGGUUUUUUCCAUAUCACUAACUUGGAGUCAUUGGUGAUACUACCCUCUAUUUUUGCUCUCAGCUCACCUUGGUUCGACAACUACUACUUGAACUACAGUGAUGAUUCUGAUUCUGAGACGCUUGGGUAUCUCAAAUUCAAUGGAACAGAUGCAUACAGCUCGUUAGCGAAGUUUGAAGUCGUGAAGGCCAGUGCUGGAACGAGGCUAGUACAUAUACGAUGCUCUUUCAACGGAAAGUUCCUACGGACGAGAACUGAGGGUCAUCCAAACCUGUCACCGGAAGCUGAUGAACCAGAGGAAGACCAAUCCAAAUGGUCGUGUACAUUGUUCGAGCCUCGAGUACUACCGGAAGAUGGUAGCCCCGACAUAAUUCAUUUGUUCCAUGUCGGCAGAAAACAAUAUGCAGAGGCAUGGAAUGAAGGUGAAGGCGAAAACAAAAAGUUUUUGAAACUUUAUGACACUCCAACUCAACAGGGUUUCUUCUACAUCACUAACUUGGAGUAA